ACGUGGCAACGUCGCAUUGAUAUACUGAGUGGUCCAUCAAAACUAAAUCCUUAUCAUAUGAUAAAAACAGCAAAAAACUGUCGCGAUAACAUGGGAAGCGAUAAAACAAGGGCUUAGUUUACAAAAACAUUACUCAUUGUAAUUCUAAGGCAGUUUAAAUAGAAUGGUAAAUGAAAACGAUUUUGAGUCGUCGUAUCCGGACGACGAGGAAGUUGUGCCGUUCGACGGUCACGCCGGUUCCUUCCCCAAGGAGUUCGGUUACGGAGCAUUCGAUGGCGACCACGACGUUACGCUGUCGUCUAACAACGAGCAGAAGCCGCGAAUUCUCCUGAUGGGCUUACGAAGAUCCGGCAAAUCGUCAAUACAAAAGGUGGUCUUUCACAAGAUGUCGCCGAACGAAACGCUGUUCCUAGAAAGUACAAAUAAAAUAGUAAAAGACGACAUAAACAACUCGAGCUUCGUGCAAUUUCAAAUAUGGGACUUUCCCGGACAGAUAGACUUCUUCGAUUCGACGUUCGACUCGGACAUGAUCUUCGGCGGUUGCGGGGCGCUGGUCUUCGUCAUCGACGCGCAGGAUGACUACAUGGACGCGUUAAAUAAACUCAACAUAACCGUCACGAAGGCGUACAAGGUGAACCAGAACAUCAAGUUCGAGGUCUUCAUCCACAAGGUGGACGGUUUGGGCGACGAUUUUAAGAUGGAAUCUCAAAGGGAUAUUCAUCAGAGGGCGAACGACGAUCUGUCGGACGCCGGUUACGAUAAGAUCCAUCUCAGUUUCCAUUUGACCUCGAUUUACGAUCAUUCGAUCUUCGAGGCCUUUUCGAAGGUCGUUCAGAAGCUCAUCCCGCAACUCCCCGCCUUAGAGAAUCUUCUCAACAUACUCAAUACGAACUCGGCAAUCGAAAAAUCGUUCCUAUUCGACGUCGUCUCGAAAAUCUACAUCGCCACGGACUCGACGCCCGUCGACAUGCAAAGCUACGAGCUGUGCUGCGACAUGAUCGACGUCGUCAUCGACGUCUCGUGGAUUUACGGGUACAGCGUUCGGGACGAGCAGGAGACGACGGCCUUCGACGAGCAAAGCUCUAGUCUGAUCAAGCUCAACAACGGAACGGUGCUCUACCUUCGCGAGGUGAACAAGUUUCUCGCCCUCGUCUGUAUAUUGAGGGAGGACAAUUUCGAUCACAAAGGGGUCAUCGACUAUAACUUCUUGUGCUUUCGUGAGGCGAUCCAGCAGGUGUUUGAACUUCGUAAUAAGCAUCAAAGCAUGACAAACUCGUCGGGUAGUCCCAUCAUAAAUGGUAAAAACAUCGUCGGGGACACCCACAUGAACUCGAGCUUUAUCGACGAAACGAACUAGUGGGAUGUGUACAGCUUUCGUGCCUGCCGUUGAAAUAGGUUUUUUUAAUCGAAUUUUUAAUUUGUAUUAUUUGCAAAGUA